AGAACUCAGAGUAGCAGUGCACCAGAAAGGAGGUAGUAGUGGCAACACCUUGUUUGAGCUCACUGCAUCUGUUCAUCAUGGGUGAAUUCCAGCAGCAGCUGUUCACCCUCGUUGGGGGCAUUGUUUGUCUGGUUUUCCUGGUGAAAUGCAUUCAGUUUUUGAAGUAUUUCUUCCCACGUAUUUGGAGUGCUCAGACGCAAGCUUUUCUUCAGUCAAUGGGAGAAUGGGCAGUCAUCACAGGAGCAAGUGAUGGAAUUGGAAAAGCCUAUUCCUUUGAGCUGGCCAAAUAUGGAUUCAAUAUUGUUUUGAUAAGCAGAACACUUGAAAAACUGCAGAAGGUAGCCUCUGAAAUAGAGCAGACCACCGGGAGAAAAGUGAAAAUCAUACAAGCUGACUUCACCCAAAGGGACAUAUACCAUAAGAUUGAACAGAGUCUUCAGGGAUUAGAAAUUGGGAUUUUGGUUAACAAUGUUGGGAUGCUUCCUACUCCUAUUCCAUGCCGUUUUCUUAAUGCACCAGACAAUGAUGAGGAUGUCAUCAACUGCAACAACAUUUCUCUCAUCAAGAUGACACAGAUAAUUUUGAAACAAAUGGUGCCAAGACAAAAGGGAUUUAUUCUGAAUAUUUCUUCUGCCUUUGGCACCUUUCCCUGUCCAAUGUAUACCAUCUAUUCAGCUUCUAAAGCUUUUAUAUACACAUUUUCCAAAGCACUUCAAGUGGAAUAUAAAGAAAAGGGCAUCAUCAUACAGGUAAUGACUCCUUAUGGUGUGUCUACUCAAAUGACCAUGUACUCAAAGCCCAGUUUCAUCAACAAGAAAGCAGAAGAGUUUGCUAGAGAGUCACUGGAUUAUGUCACAUUUGGUGAUGAGACGUUUGGAUGCUUAGCCCAUGAAAUCUUGGCACGCUUUGUGUGGUGUAUUCCUUUGUGGGUCUUCUACAGUGUCCAAGUGCAAGAGUCAUUCCUCAGCGUUAUGUCAAGUUACCUGAAAAAGAGUGGGGGGGGGGGGAAUACAUGAUCAAGUCUUCUCAUGAGUCAUUGUGAAUUCUGUCUUGAUGGACUGGUAUGAAUUAUGUCAAGAAUUAACUUGAUCAACUGAAAAGCUUCCCGUACAAUUAGGAAGAGCCCUUCAAAGUAAUGGCUAGUCUCAUUUUCUUUUUAAAAUCUCCAUUUGAUUUUGAAUCAUGUGUUAAGAGCUUCUAGUUUUGCAAUCCCUUCUGUAAUCUGUUGACAUAUGGUACAUAUUCCAACCAAUUUGACUUUCACAAUAUUGCUGAUUUAGUUAGUUAAUAGUAAUUUUUACAUUAUUUUUAAAAUAUUGUGUUGAAGUAUUGAAAGAACUAGCAGUUUCAGAAUUGAAAGGUCUGGCAACUAUGUGGAAGUACUGUCUGCUGGGAGGACACUGUUAUUGCAGGAGGAGGUUUGGUAGAGGACAGAAGAAUACCUGGACAGGACACUCAGGAGUGAUGUCCAGCAGCAUUUGUGGGGUAAGUGCUUAUGGUACCAGUACCAGACUAGAAAGGGCAGGGCAGUAUUUCAUAUUAGCAAGUGGGACUAAUAGGUGUUUUAGUUGGACUAAACUGGGAUCAGUUUAGAUGAGCACUGAACAGGAUGGGGUUGUGCCAAGAGGACAUCUGCCCUGAUGUCACCAGAGCCAGACAUAAUUACUGAUGUGGUCUCAGGAUCUUUUAAUUGCACGAAGAGGGCAUUUAUCUCAGUCACCCCCCUCUAUGUGCACUCCAAACCCCUGUUGGUAUAGUAGAUGCUCUACCACUGACAAUGUUUUUAGUGGUGUGGGGAGGGGGUUGUAAUGGGAAGAAUGAGGUCUUAACAAUUAAUAGGUUUUGUUGAAAGCUAUUAAGCUAAGCAGAGCUAAGGAGAUCUAUGGAUCAUUUUUGGAGACUUGAAUUCACUGACAAAAUAAAAUAUUUGAAUAUAAUGAAAAAUCUGGAGAUAAUAUAAGCUACACUGAAAGCUAAUAUUGGAACAGAGACUCAACUCUGUUCAAUUUUGUUAAUCAGAAGAGUGAACCCUUGAACUUGGAACCUUCAGUUACUUGCUGUGGUGUCUUCAGUGAUUUUUUUCCAUGGAGAAAAUAUCUUGUAUUUGGGCCGAACUGGAUUCCACACUUACUAUAGAGUCUACUAUGGAGGUAUCCAGCAACUCCUCUUAUAGGAUUAGAUUGAGUCACUUUUGGUUUGUGACUCCUGAGGAUGUGGAAAAACUGCUUCUAUAUGUCCUACAACCUGUUCUCUUGACCCUUGCCCAACUUGGCUUAUUUCACCUGGUAAUCAUAUUAUCAGAAGGUUUGGUAAAUAUUAUAAAUGAGGAUGGGCAGGAUGCCUCCUUGUCUUAAGGAGGCUAUUAUUAGAUAUUUGAAGAAACCUACAUUGAAUCCCUCAGAGUUAGCUAAUUAGAGCUGUUUCCAAACUUCCAUGGUUGGGCAAGGUGAUUGAGCAGGUUGUGGCCUCUCAGAUCCAGGCAGUUUUGGAUCAUACAGAUUAUCUGGAUCCAUUUCGAACCAGCUUUUGAGUGGGCUAUGUGGUUGAGACUGCCUUGGUUAGCCUGACGGAUGAUCUCCAAUACUGAGGGAGUGCAACUCUGCUGUUUUGUAUCUCUCAGCAGCUUUCUUUACCACCAAAUAUGACAUUUUAUAUUUCUAUACCACCUUAUUUAGACACCUCUAGGCAGUGUACAAAGUUGAAUGUAACAAAUGUAAAAUAAUAUAAACAGUUAAAAUUCACAAAACAAAUGAAGUAAAAACAAACUCAAAAGAAACACAUUAUUUUAAAAUUUUCAGUUAAAAACCUGGGCAAACAGGUAGGUCUUGAUGUUCCUCCUUAAAGCAUGGAGCGAAGGAGAUGCUCUUAUUUCAAGAGGGAACGUAUUCCAGAGCCCCGGGGCAGCCACAGAGAAGGCCUGGUCUUGAGUCACCACCAAAUGAGCCGGUGGUAAUUGUAACCAUUAUAUUUCUGGGUCGCCUGAGGGAGGGAGGAUUGGGUAGCAUUGUACUUACAGUGGUUCCAUUUCUACCUCUCUGGUAGAUUCUAGAUGGUGUUGCUUGGAGACUGCUGCUCUGCAAAGAGAGAAUUAAAGUAUGGAGUUCCACGAGGCUCCAUACUAUCUCCAAUGCUCUUUAACAUCUACAUGAAACUGCUGGAAGAGAUCAUCAGGAGGUUUGGUGUAGGGUGUUACCAAUAUGCUCAUGACACCCAGAUCUAUUUCUCCAUAUCAAUCUCAUCAGGAAAUGGCAUAACUUCCCUAAAUGCCUGCCUGGAGCAAGUAAUGGGCUGGAUGUGGGAUAACCAACUGAAGUUGAAUCCAAAUAAGAUGAUGGGGUGGGUUUCUAGACUCAAGAGAUGGUUUAGAUCUGCUUAUUUUGGAUGAGGUUACACUCCCCCUGAAAGAUCAGGUAUGUAACUUAGGCAGGGUAGCUAGGGUAGAGGAGGCCCAUGCAGGGGCAUAGCAAGGUUGGAGGGGGCCCAGAGACAAGAUUUUAAAAUGGGCCCCUUGCUGAUAUACACACACAAACACACUUCACAAUAUAUCGUGCACUCACACUCACAUCCCCUUAAUGAAUACGGUAAAUAUCUAGUUCACAUUGAAUCUAGUUUUUUUACUCUCUGCUCCUGCCGAUCUCCAAGAGACUCAACAUAAUUCAUAGGGGAUGCAACAUGGGUAGGUGAGGAGUCAUGUGAUGUGCCUCUGGGGGGCCCCUCGAGGCAGUGGGGCCCCAAGACGAGUGGGGCCCCAAGACGACUGCCUCCCCUUGCCUAAUGGUAGUUACGCCCCUGGGCCCAUGCCCACCCCUUGAGGGCUCUCAGGAGCUGGGGGCCCCUGGUUCUUUGAACCCAUCCACACACUCAUAGUUAUAUCCUGAGCUUAGGAGUGCUCCUGGAUCCAAAACUCUCUCUGGUUUCUCAGCUUGUGGCAGUGGCCAGGAGUGCUUUUUAUCAGCUUCAUCUGAUAUGUUGGCUAUUCCCAUUUCUAGAUGUAAAUGGGUUUAAAAUAAUGGUGCAUAUGCUGGUAACCCUCAGGCGUGACUACUGUUAUGCACUCUAUGGGGGGCUGCCUUUGUACAUAAUCCAGAAACUACAAUUGGUACAGAAUGUGGCAGCUGGACUGGUCUCCACGACAACCCAAAGGGACCAUAUAACACCAUUUUUAAAAAUGUACUGGCUGCCGAUUUGUUUCUGAGUGAAAUACAAAGUGCUGGUCGUUACCUAUAAAGCCCUCAAUCCCUUGGAUCCAGGAUACUUAAGCAAGCACCUUCUCUGUCAUGAACCCUGUCUCCUAUUAAGAUCAUCUCGAGAAGUCCAGUUAUGGUUGCCACCAGCUUAUUCAGUGGCGACUCAGGACCAGCCUUCUCUGUGGCUGCCCUGGGGCUCCCUGUCGAAAUAAGAACAUCUUCAUAUCAUUGCUUUUAAAAUGACCCUCAAGACACACCUGACUUCUCAGGCUUUUAAUUGAAGUUAAUUUUAAACCAUUUAAUUGUUUUUGUCCUAUGAGGUCAUUUUUAACGUUUUAUUCCAUGAAAUUGUUUUAAUUGUGUUUACUGUUUUGCUUUGUGUACACUGCCUAGAGAUGCAAAUAUUGGGUGGUAUAUAAAUAUGAUCAAUCAAUCAAUAAUAGUUUUCCCCCUAAAUUUUCCUAAAAGAAGAUCCCCCAUGCAAAUUUGAUUUAGCUUUGAAGACUCAAUUUUAUGUUCAAACAUUUGAAAUGCUAAAUCAAAGUAUGACACUUAGCUGAUAUGUAAUGCUUCUAAGCUUUAAGAGGCUUUAAAAUGUGUUAUCUGCUGCUUAUAUUUAUCAAUUUGUAGACCACCCCAAACUUCCAUCUUUGGGCAGUUUACAACAACAUAAAACAGAUUAAAAAAUGAAAACAUUAAAAUAAUUUAAAACGGUCAUGUUAAAAAGCUUGGGUGAAAAAAUAAGUCUUUAGGGACUCUUUAAAAGUUGUCAGAGAUGGGAGGCUCUUAUUUCAGCAGGGAACGGAUUCCAGAGUCUCAGGGCAGCAACAGACAAGGCUGUAUAUAUCUCCUAGGUUCUUUAGUUUUUAUAGUCACUAGUUUUUAGCUUUAAUUGUGGUUUUAGCUUGGUCUUUUAACUUUAACUUAAUCUUAUUUUGCAUUGUAUCUAUUUUAUUAAUGUUGUGAGCUGCCCUGAGCAGUAGUGUACUGGAGGGGCGGGGCAUAAUUAUUUUAAAUAAAUAAUGAGCUGGCCUUAUUGCUCUCAGCGGAGCUGUGUGGCUUCUAACCCAAACUAUACUGCAUUGUGUUAACUUAAUGCUCCUACUGUAGUGUUAAUAAAUAUGCCUUGACUAAUGUCCAUGGGGAUAAACUAAUUAAUAUACUUUAUUGCAUUGUGGAUGCUUUUGUAUUGCUGCUUUAUUUUAUUGCAUGGACAUAGGUAGUCAACUACAUCUACAUCUACAAUAGGUUGACUACAUCUGUAAAUUCUGGGGCUGGGUUAGUCUUUGGCUGAUCCCUUCCAGUAUAAGUGGGGGUCAUUCAGUUCAGGCCAGACUCUCUCGUGGUCCGGCUUUGACCAUGGCCCAGAUGAAACUGCAUCAUUCCAAUCUCCAGGGAGUUAUUUGCUCAUGGCAUCAUGCUGAGGGGUAAAUGUUGAGCAAAGCCACUUUGAAUUCCACUCACGGCAUUGAGGGAAGCAGCCCUUCCCAUCUACUCUUGGUUUUUGUUUUUGCAAGUUCACAUGGCAUGCCUCCAUAUUUUCCUUCUAGCCAAUGGGGGGAGGGGGAGAGAGAGAGAGAUUAUUAAAGAGCUAUAUCUGCGUUUCUAAAGAGAGUAUCCCUCUUAUCAUGCUAAUGAUUCUAUGUCAGUGCCUCUCCCUAUUUGUUCCAGCAUUUUCAGAAAAAGUAGCUUAAAAUCAGCAUUUUAUAAUCCCAUAAAUAUAUUGAGAUAAACUAGAAUUCGCAAGACAAAGCCUGAUUUGUGUGUGGAGUGGGUCUAGGGAUCUUGAAGGGACUGUAGAGUGUUUGGCUGGUGUGUGAACACACACAAUCUCUUCUGAAGUAGAUUCGGGGUAGAAGCCCUAUCUGUAAAGCCUCCAGCUGAUAAUCUAGCUACUGAAUAUGGUCUUACUCUAAGGUUCACUGUGUUGGACAAACUGGAAAAGGAAUGGCUCACAUUCUUUUCACAGUGGGCAGCUUCAUAUGUUACAUGACAAGUAUAGUUGCUGUGAACUACUGGUUCCCAGAGCAUGCGGGAGAGCCCAGUGUGGUUUCUGGAAGGCUAUGCUGGUGCCGGGCAUGUUGUCCAUACCUGACAAUGUCGGCAUACUCUACCCUACUUACAGUUCCAAACCCAACAUCUCUAACCUAGAUCUGCAGUUGCUGGUGGAAUUGUGGUUGCCAUGGUGGGUGUGUCUGGGGGUUACACAUGAGAGAAGAGUGUUGGGUAGGGAAGAAGUGAACUAAUACAACAAAUAUUUAUAUACUGCUUUUCAACAAAGGUUCUAUAGCAAUUUACAUAGAUAUAAAUCAAUAGGCUCCCUGUCCCCAAAGGGCUCACCAUCUUUAAAAUAAUAAUAAUAUAGACACCAGCAACAGCCACUGGAGGGAUGCUGUGCUGGGGGUGGAUAGGGCCAGUUACUCUCCCCCUGCUAAAUAAAGAGAAUCACCAUGUUAAAAAGGUGCAUCUUUGCCCAGUUAGCAGGGGUUAAACUAAAAAACAUUACUUUGGAAAGGGAGCAAAAGCUCUCAAAGCAGCUUACAAAGAAAAAUAAAUCAUAAAUAAGAUGAUGCCCUGUCCCCUAAAGGGCUCUUAAAAAAACCAAACGACCAUAAGAUAGACCCAGCAACUACCUCGGUAGGGAUGCUGUGGUAGAGUUGGAUAGGAACAGUUGCUCUCCCCCUGCUAAACAUAUAGAUUUGUUAUGUCAUUGUCUGCACUGCUGGCUUCCUGAAUGAGAUGUCACAGGAAAAGCACCUGCCUUCCCUAGGAAAUUUGCUUGUUGCUCUGCUGAUCCCAAAGUGUGGACUUGGUCACAGCAGUUUUUGUUUCCUGCCAUCUUUUGGAAUCUUUAGUCUUUGGGAAUCAGUCCGAUGAUACUGUCCGACAGCCCUGUUUCCAUGUAAUAAGUAUAUGAACACUCCAUGAGGGUGCCUGUCCUGCCUCUCUCCCCCUCAUAAUGUUGCCUGCUUGAAUUUUGGGUGGGGGGGGAGGACAAAUGGGUGGCUCAGAUGACACACACCCCCAGCAUAUGAUCAAGUGUCAGUGCCCCUGCACACCAAGAGGGGGUCAGGAUGUGCAGACUCAUGGGACACUCGCAUCAUGUGAAGGGGUCAGACAGUAUCAUCCAAACCAGUCCUGUGUCUCACAUGAUCAGCUGCUUAUGAAAACAGACUGCAUGAUGUCUAUCUUUGCUAUAACAAGCUCUGGUAAUUUAUGAUUUGCUGUCUGAGAAAAACAUUGCUUGGCUCAACUCAAUCAGGUGUGCGAUAUUUUGGAGUUCUGCAACACAAACAGCCCUUUCUGAGGAUUUCCAGUUACUGAGCUUGCCUCAAGGGGACAUUGUUUCAUACAGAAUAUUUGUACUUUGUCAGUCACCAAGAUAAGUAGAUUAACGGGAAAGGAAAUGGCUUGGAACAAGACUGCUUUUAACUACAAUGUAUUAUUGACUCGAUAGAUUACAUCUGCUUUAAGGCCUCAGGUCUUCAACCAUUUGUUACGAUGUAAUCCCAUUGUUGUUAAUAAGGCUUUUCUGGAGUAAGUGGCUUGAGGAUUGCAGCCUUAAGUGAGUCAGAACAUUACUUCUGAAGAGGUCAGAGUUGCAAAUCUGUCUAGACAAGCCAUUUACAGCACAGGUUUUUUUUAAGCGAACCACUGAUCCCUGGUGUUGUAAACACUCUAUUAUCUUGACUGGCAGAAGAGACAGGACCCUACUGUUCUCAAAGACCACCCACAAGAGAAAGAAUUGGAUGUGCACUUUGCCUGAGAGAUUUAUGGGGUUGCAGCAGCAUAGCCUGGAAUUGCAUCUGCGGGAGAAGAGCUCAGGAUAGGGCUGGCCUUGGAAUUGCUACAUGUACAGUGUUUGUGGGGAAUAUCACACAGUCGUUUUGGAAAGUAACAGGGAGGACCAAGAAGUUAGACAGCUGAGACUGCUUCUUGGACCAACUGUAUACAUUUAGCUAAUUUUCCAUGACAAAUAUGACUACGCAGCCUAUGACAAGAUAAUGACAUAUGCACAGUUAGUUUUUCUCCCACAAGCCUUAAAUCCCCAUACUGCUUAACCUUGGGCUGAGUGAGAAUGGGCUUGGUGUUGAAUUAUCUAUUGCAACUAUAAGCAUUUGAACACAAAACUGAGAUUAUUAGUCUGCAGUUUCAUAGGAAGACAGUUGUAAUGUGCCAGAGCUGUAGUUGGAGAAUAGCUAGCUUCUGUUGGAAGAAGGCCCAUGUCCCUGAGAAAUAUCUGCCUCAAAACUGCUCAGAUGGUAAUUGGGAAGAUAAAGGACGUGGCAAUUUUCUUGAUCAUGCAUUACUUGGCUUCACGGAAUCGCAGACAUAAACAAGAUAACUGAUAAUACUGUGGAUUGGAUCACAUUUUCACAUCCAAAAGGUCUCUUCUGUCCAUGGAAAGACCAUUUUAUAUCUCAUACUAGAGUGCUACACAAGAAAAGUGAAACUUAAUUCAAUGAUUUUCUGCUUGUGUGAGAACUGCUGCAUAUUAUAGUAUUAGAGCACAUAUGUACUUUUUAAAAAUGGUUUUUGCAGAACACUGCAGUACUAGUGACUCCUGGGGCUUUCCUAGAUGGCAGUCUUAAUCGUGGGAUUACACGACUAAUCAUUAGUCGCAUAGAAGCUGUAGCCUGAAGCCAAAAUAAUAACAUUUCUGAGGGUGUUUGCAUACUGCUGCUUUGAUGCAGAGUCCCCACCGUUCCUUUCAAAUUUUCCCCAUGGACCGUCCAUACUGCUUGCUCCCAGGUCUUUCUCUAGAAUAGCUGAGAUGCCGCACCUCCUUUUUUCCCCUACCAUGCAUGUGUGGUGUGCGCUUUAAAAACCUUUCAUUUCAAUGAAUUAAAAACAUUUUUUUUAAAAAAAGAUAUAUUAAUUUAACUUGUUUUAGGGGGUCUUCCACAAGAUCACCCAACUGGUGGCCUCCCUCCUGCCCAGAAAGCAGCUGCAGAGGGGAUGGGGAAAGCAAGCCAGGUGGGCAGAGAAGCACGGAUCAUUUUUCUUUCUCUUUUAUUUAUUUCCCCCCUGGUGGUCAGUAGUCUUGUGGAAGACCACUAACUUGACAAAGACGGUGGUCUUGCUGGUGUUCCUCAAGAUCACCCAGCAAAAUCUUUUUAAAAUGCAAAGAAAAAAGUUGUCACUCUAUCAAUAUGCCCCCAUACAUCUCAGAAGAAACAUCGGGGUACUUCAAAGUAUCCCAAAAAGUCACCAUAGAAAGUGGAACAUUUUAGUAUGGGGAUAAUUCAGGCUAAGCUCCAAAGUGCAGGAAAAAACCCAAAAUUGUGUAUGGAGUGCCCCCCCUCCCUGAUACCUCGCAGGGACUUCAAGACAAUUCCCCCUGAUGUACAAAUGCACACCUUUUCCUUGAACUUCGAAGUAAAUUUGCCACCUGUGAAAUCUCCUGGUUUGCUGGUGCCUUUUGUUUCUGGUUCCUUGUAGGCUGUUCACAGAGGACAUUAUUUGGUAUUGGCUAUCAUUCUACUUGUCUUAUCUGCUCUGUUUUCUAAUUUGUUUUAGGGUGAUAUGUUGUAUUUUAUUGUCUUUUACUCUUUUAUCAUGGAUUUUAUAUUUUUAUGCUUUUAUUGUAAGCUGCCCCAAGCAGCAGUGUGCUGGAGGGACAGGAUAUAAAUAUUUUAAAUAAAAUAAAUAUUGGAAUUAGUUCAGA